CAACAAAAUCUGACAACCUCAAAAAAAAAAAAAAAAAAAAACCAACUUCCAAACUUCAAAAAACACCCACACACACAAAAACCUUAACAAAAUGAAAACCUUAAUCCGCCGUUUAUCUCGUGUAGCCGACUCUUCACACUACUCUCUUCUAAGGUCCAACUCGCGCCGUUCCAAGUCGUCAUCAUCAAAGACGACGAGAAGAAACGGCGCGGGUGGUGUCCCAGAAGGACACCUGCCAGUUUAUGUUGGUGAUGAGAUGGAACGGUUUGUUGUUAGUGCGGAGUUACUAAACCAUCCGGUUUUUAUUUACCUACUUAAUAAGUCAGCUCAAGAAUACGGAUAUGAGCAGCAAGGGGUUCUUAGAAUCCCUUGCCACGUUAUCGUAUUUGAGCGUGUGUUGGAAGCUUUGCGGCUAGGAGAAGAAGCUGACUGCAAUCAGCUUCAGAUUCUCCUAGCCGAUGAUUUUGAUUUUUAGUUUUUUUUUUUCUUUAAUUAGGAUUAGCGAGUUAUUAUUAUAUAAAAUGAUAUGAUGAUGAUUCUAGUUUUUAAGUAUACGAUAACAGAUCGGUUUUUUUUUAUGUGGUCUGUAUAUAUACCAAUUAGUACAUAAAUUAAGUUAAUGAGAUUGAUGAAUCUGUUCUUUUGUU